AUGAAUGCUUCAUAUUGCUCUCUUACUGCUGAAGAGUUUAACCAUGUCUCUAAUUGUAUUACUGCACAAGAAAUUUGGAAGAUACUAGAUAUUACUCAUGAAGGAACUUCGCAGGUAAAAGAGGUCAAGCUUACAAUGAAGGUAAGAAAGUAUGAAAACUUCAAGCUGAAGGCCUCGGAGAGCAUUCAGGACAUGUUCACACGAUUCACUAACAUUGUAAACAAAUCGAAAGCCUUGGGGAAGGAGAAUGAAAAUGAGAAGCUAUGCAGAAUGAUACUCUUUUCUCUAUCUCGUGAUUGGGAACCUAAGGUAACUGAUAUUGAAGAAUUUAUACCCAUUGAUGAUAUGUUCAUUAUAACAUCUUACUUAGUAAGGAUGUUAUGCAUGAACAAUAAUUUCAUCUAA